UUAAACGCGCCGUGCGUCGGUUUGUUCGGACAACGUGACAGGCGGGUUUACUUUAUUUCCGGGCAAUUUUUUAGUAGUAAACCACCGAUAAAACAUUAAUGCACCAUCUAUCCGGUUGUGUUUUCCUAUUCGUGCACUCAACACACAUUUCCAUCUGUAGAAACAGCGGAUUGUAAAUGACAAUAAGCGCGGAGUUGCAGUAGGAAUGUGUUAAGAUCGCUGCGCUACAUCGUCGCUGCAGAUUUCCUCUAUGAUUCCUACUUCUGCCAAAGCAAGAGGUGUAACUGUGGCAAUCGAGGGGUGGAGAGUUGCAUUGUAUAGGGCGUAUAAGGAAGCUAUAAUAAAACGGAGGAUACCGAACAGCCGCUUCUUCGCUAGAGUAGGAUUUGCCACUAAAAUGCCCGGAAAGAAAAUCUGCAUCGUCGGAUCUGGAAACUGGGGUUCCUCCAUUGCCAAAAUCAUCGGACACAAUGUCAAAGCGUCCAACCGCUUCGACCCCAUGGUGAACAUGUGGGUGUACGAAGAAAUGAUUGAAGGGCGGAAGCUGACAGAGAUCAUCAACACGGAUCACGAAAAUGUCAAAUAUCUCCCAGGCCACAAGCUUCCCAAGAACGUUGUGGCGGUCCCAGACGUCACAGAAGCCGUGAAGGGCGCAAAGAUCCUCGUCUUUGUCAUCCCGCACCAGUUCAUCGGCAACCUCUGUGAUCAGAUGAAGCCUCACGUCACAGAGGGAAGCAUCGGGAUAUCCCUCAUCAAGGGCGUCGACGAAGGACCUAACGGACUGAAGCUCAUCUCGGACAUCAUCCGCGAGAAGCUGGAGAUCGACGUCAGCGUCCUGAUGGGAGCCAACAUAGCCAACGAGGUGGCGGAUGAGAAGUUCUGCGAAACCACCAUCGGAGCAAAAAACGAAGCCAACGGCUUGAUCUUCAAAGAGAUGCUGCAGACUCCCAACUUCCGCAUCACCGUCGUCCACGAGAGCGACACAGUGGAGCUCUGUGGAGCCUUGAAGAACAUCGUGGCGGUGGGAGCCGGGUUCUGCGACGGCCUCGGUUUUGGCGACAACACUAAAGCUGCCGUGAUCAGGCUGGGUCUGAUGGAAAUGGUCGCCUUCACCAAGCUGUUCUGCAACGGCCCGGUGUCCUCCACCACCUUCCUGGAGAGCUGCGGCGUGGCCGACCUCAUCACCACCUGCUACGGAGGACGCAACCGCAGAGUUGCAGAAGCCUUCGUCAAAACGUCCAAGUCUAUCGCUGAGCUGGAGGCAGAAAUGCUCAACGGUCAGAAGCUUCAAGGUCCACAGACCUCAGCCGAGGUCUACAAGAUCCUACAGAAGAGGGACAUGGUCAGCAAGUUUCCCUUGUUCGCCGCUGUCUACCAGAUCUGCUUCGAGGGCAAAGAAGUGAAAGAGUUCAUCACCUGCCUGCAGAACCACCCGGAGCACAUGUGAGGGAAAAAAUAAAUAAAUAAAAAGAAAUAGGCGCUGCUCCUACAAUAGCAAACUACUGCCACUAGAGGGUAAAACAGAUUCACGCAAGAAGACAAACGCACAAUACACCACAACAAGAACCUUUUAAGAUGAUUUCUAUGGUGAACUGUAUUUUCUUAUCUUUCAGAUCAUUUGUACUAUUUUGUUUUCUUUCCUCUUAUUUUGUGACAUGUUCUGUAAUAUUCAGAUAUUGCCAAAAGUGUCCUAACUGUUACAUAUCACUACAAGAUGUGUAUUUAUAAUCUCUACAUUUCCAGCUAUUGAACCUCUAUGUUGAGUUGUUUUCUCAAUAAAAACUACUACGAAA